AGGAAAUAAACAAUCAUUUUCAAUGCAUAUGCUUAAACGGCCGAGAUUGCGUACAGUUAUCCAGAAACAAAAACCGUAGAGAAUCCGAAUCCCUUAUCAAGCAGGGGUUUCGCGGCCCGAGACCAAGUCAAACCGAGACGGUGACACUGGCUGAGUGGAAUUUCCGCCGCCAUUCGAAGCUACAGCGAUGGCCAUAGCCGCCACCAUUUCCGUUCCUCUCACAUCCCCCACCCGCCGCACUCUCGCCUCCGUCAAUAGCCUCUCUCCCCAUUCUCCCAGAUCCACUUUGCCCACACCGCAACGCACUUUCAAAUACCCUAAUUCGCGCCUCGUCGCGUCCUCUAUGAGCACCGAAACCGCCGUCAAAACCUCCUCCGCCUCCUUCCUCAACCUCAAGGAGUCCGGCUUUCUCCAUUUCGCCAAGUACCACGGCCUCGGAAACGACUUCGUUUUGAUUGACAAUAGAGACACGUCCGAGCCCAGGAUCAGUGCAGAGAAAGCGGUGCAACUGUGUGAUCGGAACUUCGGCGUUGGAGCUGACGGAGUUAUCUUUGUAUUGCCUGGCAUCAAUGGCACCGAUUAUACCAUGAGGAUUUUUAACUCUGAUGGUAGUGAGCCUGAGAUGUGUGGCAAUGGAGUUCGAUGCUUUGCCAAAUUUGUUUCUCAGCUUGAGAAUUUACAUGGGAGGCAUAGUUUUACCAUUCAUACUGGUGCUGGUCUGAUUAUUCCUGAAGUCUUGGAGGAUGGAAAUGUCAGAGUUGAUAUGGGGGAGCCAGUUCUUAAAGCCUUGGAUGUGCCUACUAAAUUACCUGCAAAUAAGGAUAAUGCUGUUGUUAAAUCACAGCUAGUUGUAGAUGGAGUUAUUUGGCAUGUGACCUGUGUUAGCAUGGGGAAUCCACACUGUGUAACUUUCAGUAGAGAAGGAAGCCAGAAUUUGCUUGUUGAUGAAUUGAAGCUAGCAGAAAUUGGGCCAAAAUUUGAACAUCAUGAGGUGUUCCCUGCACGAACUAACACAGAGUUUGUGCAAGUAUUAUCUAACUCUCACUUGAAAAUGCGUGUUUGGGAGCGGGGAGCAGGAGCAACCCUAGCCUGUGGAACUGGAGCUUGUGCUACUGUUGUUGCAGCAGUUCUUGAGGGUCGUGCUGGGAGGAAUUGCACGGUUGAUCUACCUGGAGGGCCUCUUCAGAUUGAGUGGAGGGAGGAAGAUAAUCAUGUUUAUAUGACAGGCUCAGCCGAUGUAGUUUAUUAUGGUUCUUUGCCCCUUUGAUAUGUUGCCCCCAUUGUUAAACCCAAUAUGGAAUUAGGAAUUGGUGAAUAAUAUUUGUAUGAGAGGUGGACUUUCUGCUUGUUCCUAAUAUUUUGCCACGUCUUUAUAUCUUCCUACCCUUUUUUGGUUGGAUGUGUCACAACGGUUUGUUAUCUGUUUUGUGCUAUAUUAACCUCAAAGAAAUGAAGCAAUGAGAAAUCGAGACAAGGCAAACAUACUGAUAACGGCCCAUCUCGAUGGCAUUCUGCA